GGUUAGUCCUGGGCACGCAUGCGCGGUGUUGGGCCGCGGGAGAUUUUGAAUUUUCCUUCAUUAACGGACGCCGGUCGGCGGCGGGACCGGAAGUGCGGCGAUCGCUGGACUAGGGUAGCAGAACUGACGGACAGCGGCGUGUAAACGGUGUUCUAGUGAGCCAGGCCAAAAUGAAUACUUCCACACCAGUGUCCUGCAUAAGCCCUGCUGGCCCAGUGUUUAUAUCUCCAUCUACAAAGCGGCAGGCUAUUCCAAGCUUAAAGAGCACUGUAAAAAUGGAUGUUGCAGCAAAUGAUGAUGAGCGCGAAAGGAGGGAGAGGAGACGUUCGAAGGUGACUGACUUACAACUGAGUGGCAUAGACACCCCACUGGUAUCCCCAGUGCAACGAGGGACCCCCCAAUCCUUUGAAGCUAAGUUAUCAAAUAAUCAGAUAUCUGAACAUUAUUCUACCUGCAUCAAACUGUGUUCAGAAAAUAAAAUUACCACCAAGAAUGCCUUUGGUCUUCACCUGAUUGAUUACAUGGCUGAUCUCCUCAAAGAAAAGGAGUCUGAACUUACCAGUUUCAAGAUGGCAGCUGGCACUUUGGAUGCCAGUACGAAGAUCUACGCUGUGAGAGUGGAUGCUGUUCAUACAGAUGUAUUCAGGAUCCUGGGGGGCCUAGGGAAGAAUCCUGAAGAACCAGGUGCAGAGGUACAUCCUGGAUCAAGUGAAGCUGAACAGGAGAAGGGCUCACAGAAGCAACAGAAGAAAAAGCAUUCAUACAAAACUAUUGAACAGAACUUGAGUAACAUCACAUAUUCCAUGAAUGACAUGAAGUGUGAGACUGACCCAAUGUUCCAGAAAGCUGCCUCAUUGUUUGAUGAGUCCAGCACAGUGGGUGUUUUCAUGGUGAAUCUCCAGACGUAUGGACACUCUGCACAAUUGCUGUUCGAUUCAGAUGCUAAGCUCAUUCAAACUGACUCUGCACCAGAACUGCCACCAGUUAGUCAUGUGGAGAUGCCUGAUCUUCAAGUCUUUCAACAGUCUCUGGAAAACAAGACAAUAUGUCCUUCAUUUGAAGAUUUUCAAUUCACAAAUUGGGACAGUGAAGCACACAAUCAGGCUGUUAACUCAAUAUUAGAAAAAUUCAAGAAGAGUAAUCAUUUAUUUGAUGUAAAUGCGGAGUCAGAGUUUGCCGAUAAUCAGCAGGAUGUCUGUUGCACUGUGGUGGAUGACUUUGACGGGGACGUUUGUGACGAUGCUGGAGACGAUCAGCUAGAAUUACCUAUGAUGAAUCACGAUGAAGAGAGUAAUGAUGUGAUUCCACUCACAGACGUGGAUUUCAGCAGCCUGUGUGUCCAACUUUCAAAUAAUCCAGGGGAAUAUUCCUAUUUUAGUCCCAGAAUAAUGAGGAUGUGGGCAGGGCCUAAUCACUGGCACUUCAAAACUCGACACAAGGGAAUGGAAAUACUUGAUAAAAACAGGAAAAAGCAACCGAAGAAAGCAUUUGAAAUUGACUUUGAAGAGAAGAUAAAUUUUGAGAAUCAUUUCAGAGAAACAAGGGCUGCUACAACUAUCUCUAAAGCUACAUUAGACCGACAUAACGGGAAGUUGACGACACUGCCUACAGAUUUCCACUAUGAUCCAGACAACAUAACCUGUUUGUUCCUUAAACCAUCUAUCAAGAUAAAGCCAAAUGUGAAAGAAAAUGUCUCUGACCAAGAUGAAAAAAUUGGGGAAUAUGAUUAUAACAAUCCCAAUGACACUUCGAAUUUCUGCCCUAGAGCUGAGAUGGAUAGUGAUGAUGAGCAUGAUGGAUUUGUUGGUGCGAAUGACUCCUUUGAGUUCGGAGCUAAUGCUGAAAUGGAGCAGGAGGAGAAUAUCCUGGAGCAAGAUAGAAAGUGGUCAGAUAUCACAACGUAUGGAGGAGAAAACUUAGUGGCAGAGCCCCAGAAAGUCAACAAAAUUCUAUUGAAUUAUUCAAAAACAGCAAAAAUGAUGGAUGUAAAGAGAUUAAAGCAGAAUAUGUGGGAACUCCUUACUGGAAACGCAGCGGUCUCUGACGGAAAGGAUAAAGAAACUGAAGAGCCAAAGGUGACAGUGAAAGGACAGCAAAGCUUAACAGCUGUUACCACAGAACUCUUUAAAAGGUUACCAAAUACAUUGGCCAAGAACUUGUCAGUUCCCAUGGCAUUUGCCUGUUUAUUGCACUUGGCCAAUGAAAAGAACCUCGAAAUCAAAGGGAAAGAGGAUUUAUCAGAUGUUUUUAUCAAACAGGGAAUCUGAAGCUAUUUUGUUUGUACAUAUAUAUGUAAGCAUUUGAAGAAAUUGUACAUAUAUUUGUAAAUGUUUACUUGUGAUAGUGAGCCUUGUGUCAGGAUUUAACAUUACCUCAAUUUCUUGUUGUAGUAAAUCUUGCAUCAUGGAUUCCUUUUGAGACAUUGGAGAGAAGUGUGUUUUUAUCCAUUAAUACUAAAUAUAUGUGAGAGUAUUGGUUGCUAUUUGCAUGCUUGGCUUCAUUGUUAAAUGGAACCAAAUGUGUGGAGCCAAUGCUUGAACAAGGGCUUAUGUGGUCAAAAAUUUUUUUUUUUUACUUACUACUUUUUCAGAAGUGUAUUUAGAAAAGCAAUUGAGAAUUUACUGAUCUUGCAACUAUACUUUUUAUUUGAAAAUAGCUAAACCCAUACUCCUUUGGCAGAAUAAGAAUUUUCUUAUGAAUAAAUUAUUUGUACCUCUGAUCUAUCUACUGUUACUUCAAGACAUUUUAAUUUUGAUUAUUAUUCAGUCUUGUAAAAUAAUUAUAAACAAUGAGUUAUAUACCUUACCAAAUAAUAUUCAUAAGACGCUAAGGCACAGGAGCAGAAUUAAGCUCCUCAGCCUGUUGAGUCUGCUGCAACAUGACUGAUUUAUUUUUCCUCUCAACCCCAUUCUCCUGCCUUCCCUCCAUGACCCAUAACACUCUCACUACUUAAGAACCUAUCAGUAUUCACUUUAAAUAUAUCCAAUGACUUGGUCUCUGCAGCCAUCUGUGGGAAUGAAUUCCAGAUUCACCACCAUCUGGCUAAAGAAAUUCCUCACCUCUGUUCUAAAGGGACGUCCUACUCUGAGGCUGUGCCCUCUGGUCCUAGAUUCUCCCACCACUUCCUCGCAAUCUUGGCCUUUGACUAUUCAAUAGGUUUCAAUGAGAUCCCGCCACACUCUUCUAAACUCCAGGAAGUGCAGUCCAAGAGUGAUCAAAUAUAAUAGGGUACCAUGGUAGUGUAGUGGUUAGUGUGACACUUGUAGUUCAGAGUUCAAUUCUGACACUGUAAGGAGCUUGUACAUCCUUCCCGUGAACGCAUGGGGGUUUCCUCCCAUAUUCCAAAGAUGUUCUAGUUAGUAGGUUAAUUGGUCAUUGAUUAGGCUACAAUUAAAUAGGUGGUUUGCUGGGCAGUGCAGCUCAUCGGGCUGGAAGGUUCCAUGCUGUAUCUCUUAAAUAAACAAACACAGAAAUAAAUAAACCUUUUCGUUCCUGGGAUCGUUCUUGUAAAUCUCAUCUGGACACUCUAAUACCAGCACAUCCUUUCUUGAGACAUGGACCCAAACAGCGUACAAUUAUCCCAAUGCAGACCAACCAAUCCCUUAUAAAGCCUCACCAUUACAUCCUUGUCCUCCCAAGAUGAAUUAUUAACAUUGCAUUUGCCUCCUUUACUACUGAAUCAAGCUGCAAGUUAACCCUGCACUUUGACUCUCAAGUCCCUUUUCACGUCCAACUUCUGAAUUUGCUCCCCAUUUAGAAAACAGUAUAGACACCUUUAUUCCUUUUACCAAAAUACAUAACCAUAGACUUCCAUAGACAAUUUUCUAUCUGCCACUACUUUGUGUAUUUUCCUUGUGAUUUUAAAAGAAGAAAAUUCAAGUAAACCUGCGGCUUGAGGUCACUGAAUUUCAGUUCUGCCUGCUCAUUUAAGUGAGCCAAAAACUUCCCCACACAGUUUUGCACUGACUAGUAUUUAUCCUGUUCAAGUCCAUCAUCUUUGUUCAUGCAGUAACAAUUUGUGUUUCCAUUUCCAUACAUACAAUGGUGAAUAAAGUAUUUCCUCAGUACUUCAUUACUUGAGAAUAUCACUAGAGUAAACAAUGUAAUAUAAAUAACUUUGUUUAGGUGCAUUUUUCUUG